GGGGGCCGCGGCGCCGAGGAUGCGGCAGCCGCCGGGCACCGCGGGGCUGUAACCGCCCGCAGCCGCCGCCCGCGGCCCCGGAGCCCAUGGGAUGUGCCCGCCGUCUCCUGGGUGGUGAGUACUCCUCCGGGAAUCCUCCUCCGGGAUACCCACCCCUCCCCGAUCCCCCCCCCGUGCGCCGCAGCGAGCGGACCCGCUUCGCUUUCUCUACCCUUCCAUCAGCGGCAGAUUUUCUGCCUCGUUUUCUCUCCCGUUCUCCCCCGAGCCAUUGAUGAGGGCUCUGCCACCGGCACGAAUCGCUUGCAGACGGGGCGGACUCCGGGGGAUCUGCCGUGCAGUCAUUAAACUAUUUUCACUGCCGCCUUUAGCUCGAAUGAAAUAAGAGAACGGGAGAUGGGGAGCACAGAGCGCACAUCUGUGGGGCAGAGUUCCUCCCGUCCGUUUUGGGGCUUUGAACGGGAAUGCUCAGCGAGUCGGUUUGCAGAGCAGCGCAGGACGAGCGGUCGCUUGGGAAGCGAGGAGGAAGGUCUUCCCAACGGCACUCAGCUUCUCCCGCUUGAAAAGUUCGCACUGAGAAUGGAUCCUGCAGGUUUUGCCUUUCCUGGAAUCUGAUGAAGCCGUUUAUCUGAACUAUCUGUAGCUGCUUCUUGAACCAUAACACGGUAUUUGCAUUUUUUACAAGUAUUUGCAGCAAUCAUUAUAUGUUCAAUACAACAGUCUGCCCGUUCGGGGAGAUUUCUCUUUGGGGCCAGAACGCAGUUUAGCUCACUAAAGCUGCAGUAAAGUUGAUCUGGACAAUCCCUUAUGCCAUAAUUUGCCUGCUAACAUCUUACGAGGGCACCGUCCCUUUAGGAUCUUAUGCUCUGCCCCACGGACUAACUCUUUUGUACAGAAUUAACCCCAUCAACUUCAAAAUUCAGAUGUGUGAUCUCUUGGUGCAGUUGGGGCACCACAGCUUUGCCAUACGGAUUGCUGGGGGAAAAAAAUAAUCAGCACCUCACUGAAACAAGCAGGGUUUUCCCCUGUAUUUUUAGCCUAAGAACUUAACAUCCUCUUUGCAAUGUCCCACGGGCCAAAAAUCUUCUGUCCACAACUGGCACUUUUGCUUUUUGAAGGCAGUUUCCCAUCUCAAAAACAAAGCAGCUCACCUCAAAUUUGCAAACCACAGAACGGGAAAUGGAAUUUGCCUUCAGUAUAAAAAUCCCAAGUGUUUGCAAACAGCCCCGAGAAGAAUCCGAGCUCUUGGCUUGACCUCUCAGCACUGAAUUCCAGCUUGGGGAGUUUGUGGUCUUGCAAAGACGGCGAACGAGCUCAGCCUCCGGAGCGCCUGGCUGUGUCUCCGCGGUGGGGAAAGGAGUACAGCUGGAGGGAGAAAUGGCUCGGCCGCUCUGAUCAGGCUCUUAUCAACCUUCACUGUGGGUACUGGGCCCAGUGCUGCAGUUUUGGAGAGACUGUCUGAAUGUCAAGUGUGGGGUCAGCCCCAGCGCCUGGGAGUAAUUGAGAAUAGCAGCAGGGCUGCGAGCCGUUCCAUUUGCCCUGAAAGCUGCCGGCCCUGCAGCGCUGUGUCUUCUUACAUCUAAACGCUGUGGGUAAAUAGUGCAGGCAAUGGAUUUUGUAUCGGCAAAACAGAGAUUAACCAAGCAGGUAGAACAGCAGCACCAGAGCUGGCUGGAUUUCUGCCCUUGGUUUGGCUGUGGCCAGGAUACGGCCCAAGCAGGACAACGGCAGGACCGUCGCUGGGGACCCAUCCCUGCUCUGUCCCCUCUUCCCACCUCCCGCUGUCAGCUUGGAACCCGAUCCUGCUGCACAGGACACGGCUUGAUUCUUUAUGCAAGUUUGGUAAUGAAUGAGCGACGAAGCCGAAAGCGAGCACGGUUGGCAUUCGAGACAACACCCAUCCCCGACUGCGAGCCGGCCUUCCGCUGCGGGUGUGCUCAGCGAAAAGAAAUCAUAAUCCCGGUGGCCACUAUUUACUCAAACUGGUUUUAUCUGGUUCCAGUUAGGCUUGUUUUGAGUAGGAUGAGCGGUGCCAGAUUCUGAUCUCAUUUGCACCGGCGGAGUCAUUCGGAGGAGCCGGUCCCACUUUGCUAAGUGAAAGCAGAGCUGGGCCUGCUGGGAUCCAGCACCCCGGGGACACGGCUGGUGCCGGCUUCAAAUCUAACACCGUGAGCGCUGCUUGGGACCCUUCCCAGCUUCACCGUCAGCCCCAAGAGCGCUGGCUUCACCCAGAAAGGAGGGGUGUGCAGGGAACGAGGCAGCCCCUUCCCACACCGGCUGAUGUAGGAAAGGCAGAACUGAAAAACCAUGAUGUCUGAUUUAGGGGCAGCGCAUGGGAAACACCAGCAUGGGGUGGAACGCAGGCGGGAGCUGAGCCUCACUCAGGUCUGGGCAUGUGAGCACGGUCUGCAGCUGCAGUGCUGCUCCAGGUGCCUGGAGGAGAGAGGGGACAGAGGGCAGCACUUCGGGUCGCUGCACUUUCCUGGCCAUGGCUGUGUGUUAACACUGGAGAGAUCAAUCCGUUGAAAUAAUUCACCAAAAACCGCUUACGUUGCUCUCGCCUCCACCACAGUCUGUCUGUGUCCUUCCAGCAAUGCUCCUUUCAGACCCCAUUCUAAGCCUCGGUCAUUAAGUAGCUUUCCAAUGACUUCUGUAGGCAGAGGAGCUUGGAUUUCUCUUUCCAGCUGCAUCAGUUGGGUUUUUCAGGCACCGGGCGCGCAGCUGAGAAGCCAAAAGCGAAGUCCCUGUUCUGGAGGGGAGAGGGAUUUCGAUGUGCUGCGCUGCUUUUCUCUCCUCCUGCUUUAUUCCUACACAUCAGCCAGCCAUGCUGGAGUGGAAAUUAGUACGUUACAGAACGAGGAGCUCUGACACCUCCCGCUUCUGAUAGGAGCGGUAAGAAAUGUUUCACAGUGAGAAGUGAUGCAGCGUUUGCUCCAUUAGCAGAAGUUUUCAGGAUUUUUCCUUGUGCGUUUUACACAUCUUAGGGUGUUCCCUUUUCAUUUUGUGUCGUUUCUUCCCAGAUUUUGCAGCUCAGCGAAGCGAGGCCAAAGCUCUCAGAUGGGAUUUCUGUGUUCACUUAAGCACUCAUCUGUCUUGCUGUCCUGAAGAAUUACCUCUAACCACUUUCAGAGCUUGGUCUCUUCCCUCUCCCCUGGCGAUAUUAUCGUGUCAUCGCUCACAGUAAUUCGGGACACUGCUGGCACAGCAAUGGAGCCCUGAAAGGAUCUGGUGCUUUCUGGUUUUUGUGACUGAGAGCUGGCUCUGUUUCCAUGCGGUACUGGUGGGCUUUGAGCCGUGGCUAGGUGAUGUUUGUAAAGCUCAGGGGUUCCUUGUCUCGCACAACCUGGGACGCCGCGUGUGUGGCCAUGGGCACCACAUACCCGUGUUGGCAUUUUUAUGCCUUCGGCAAAAUUGCGAGAUCCUGGCUGAGAAAAAUACUCAUAAAUAUAUGAAAGCGCUCAUGAAACAUUCCCCACGUCCACCUGCAGGCUUGUCUUCUAUCACGGUUUACACUUCCCUCUGGAAAAAACAGGUUGCAGAUUUUCGGCAGAGCUGGCCAUGAUGUUAUGGUUUGUGGUCGGAGCCCUCUUCCCAGCGCUGCUCCUGGCUGCGCCGCCUCCCAUAAACAAACUCGCCCUUUUCCCGGAUAAGAGUGCUUGGUGCGAGGCAAAGAACAUCACCCAGAUCGUGGGGCACAGCGGCUGCGAGUCCAAGUCCAUCCAGAACAGGGCCUGCCUGGGGCAGUGUUUCAGCUACAGUGUCCCCAACACCUUCCCUCAGUCCACAGAGUCCCUGGUUCACUGCGACUCCUGCAUGCCAGCCCAGUCCAUGUGGGAAAUCGUGACACUGGACUGCCCAGGCAACGACGAGAUCCCCAGGGUUGACAAGCUGGUGGAGAAGAUACUUCACUGCAGCUGCCAGGCUUGUGGCAAGGAGCCAAGCCACGAGGGAGCCCUGUUCAAUGUCUACUUGAACGCAGAGGAGAACAUGCCCGCAGAGGGCCCCGGCCCCCACCACUAUGCCCACCACCAACAGGAGGUAGAAGAGCCCCCUGCUUCCAGCCACCACCACCACGAGGAGGAGGGCGACGAGUGACCCGGCCCUCGUGGACUGUCCUUGCAGCACGGGCAGGGAGUGUGUGCGAGGGAGAGGGCCAGGGCUUGGGGAGGGAGGGGGGUGGUGGAGGCUUUCCUGUCUAAUAGCUACCCUCACGCUUUGCUCUCCACAACACCCCGGGGCUGGAGGAGCGUUUUGAGGCACGAGCAGGACGUGGGGCUGGAGCUGCGGGGCCAAAGGAGGGCUGGGGGUUUCUGUUGCAAAACUACUUGCACAUCAUAGUAAUAAUAUAUUGAGAGAAGUGGGAACGUGGGCAGAGGGGGCUCUGGCAGAGAGCAGGAGCCAAGCUGGGCUCCCCAAGGGCUGUCUGCAGGAUCCUUAGUCUGCUGUGGAGCCCUUGAUGAGCCCUCUGGGAUUUUCUUUUGUAUGUGGCUCUUGCCUGGCCUGGAGAAAGAAGGGACGCAGCUUCCCUGCAGCCACGCAAGAGAUGCACAUCUCUUCUGCGGCGUAUGGGAUGGGGGUCUCCCUUCUUCCUCACACUUCCCCUGCCUGCCCAGGGGUGCCUGAGCUCAGCAUGGGUGCUGUUCCUCCUGGCACUCACUGGGUCUUACUUCAACCCCCGUGCGUCGUGUUAGGUAGCUCAUAGGGAGUAUUUUGCCCUGGCUGUGCCUCCGGGGCUGUGUGUGAGGUUGCUGGGAGCCACGGUGGUCAGAGCCCUUUCCUUGCUGGUCCUCAGGGCCACCACAUAGCUUGCAAGGGCGAGGGAGCUGCACUGUGUCAUGGGCACUGGGGUUUCACGUUUCACAGCCCGUGCUGGGGUGGCGUGGGUAGGAGCUGGGCCCUCUCCCCUCCUUCCCUGCUGCACUUUAAUUGUGGUGGAGGGAGAAGGGAGACAAGUCCUGGGAUGCUGAUGGACCUCUGUAGGGGAUUGCUCUGGACCCCACUGCAGAUGCAGGGCUGGGCUCAGGGUGGGGGCCCCUCCUGCUACCCCUCUCUCUGUUGUAUAAAGCUAAUUUCUUUGGCACUGUCCUGACAAAAGCUUCCAGAGCUUGUAACCGAUGCCUCCCUCUCCUUUUUACAAGUUUUGGUUUGUGUUUUUUGUUGGUUUUUGUUUUUGUUUUCUUAAAUAAAUUAGUUCUGACUUCCA